UAUAUACACAUAAAUGCCCUGCUGGAGCUUAGACAGCACCUGUGUCCUAGAAGCUAUUUCAGUGGAAGAGCUCUGGUGUGUUUUAUCCUCUCCUACCAACAUGAAGGUGGCUUUUUGCCUGUUUUUCACCCUGGCACUCUUCUUUUUGUACUCAGAUGCUAUUGAAGAAACAGAAAAGCAAGUUGAUUGCACUGGCUUUCCCAGAAAAGCAUGCACCAAGGAAUUCAUGCCCCAUUGUGCCUCCGAUGGUGUGACCUAUUCCAACAGAUGCUAUUUCUGCAAUGCACUUAUUGAAAGUCGUGGAAUACUAACAUUGAACUACUAUGGAAAAUGUAAAAAGUAAUGCGAUACAGAUCCAGAGGACUGAGAUAUUACUCCAAGCAACAUGGCUCUUCCUCCAUCCUUGUUUCCUCCACUUUUGUUUGCUUUGAUUAAUUUCACUUGUCAAUAAAAUGAACUAUG